UCCACUGGUGUUUUAACGAGGCAACAACAAGUUCACGCUCGUGUCUAUGGCGACCAAGGGAUCACCACGUCGCUGCUGUAACCGCCGGCGCAAGAAGAGAGCGCCGCCGUCGAGGGACGAGCCGGCCCCGUCCGGUCCAACCAGCGUGCACCACAUCCCCGACCACCUCCUCGAGCUCGUGCUCCUGCGCGUGGGCACGCCCCUCGCCCUCCUCCGCGCCGCGUCCACGUGCAAGCGCUGGCGCCGCGUCGUCUUCACGGACGGCGCCGCGUUCCUGGCCCGGUUCGGCCGCUCCCUCCGCGCGGCCCACGUCCCCGGCCACUACCACGUCGACGGCGGGAACAGCGGCCCGGUCUUCGUGCCGGACCCCUCAGCGGCCGACGGCCUCAACAGGCGCCACUUCUCCCUCGACUUCCUCCCGGCCGUCCCCGACGGCUCGCUGCCCUGGGAGCUCGCCGACAGCCGCGGUGGCCUCCUUCUGCUCUACAGGAUGGGUAGAAUGUGGGACGGGGACGCCGGGUAUCUCCAGUUCCCCGACAUGGUCGUCUGCGACCCGCUCACGCGGAGGCGCCAGGGGAUCCUCUACUGGGAGGAGAUGUGGUCGGACCCGUGUCUCGGUCUGUUCCUGCUCGACGGCGAUGCCGCCGGCGAGACUGCAGGUGGUAGCUUCAUCGGCAUGUCCAACUUUCGGGUGGUCGCCGUGGUCUACGAAAGCCAUGUUUUCGGGAAUAACCGUGGCGCUCCCCGUGCAUGCGUGUCCUCCUCUGGCCGCGACGGCGGCUGGCGGCAGGAGACCGCGGCCGGCGGCGACGUCUCCAUCCCAGAGUACAAUUUGAUCAGCUUCGCAGGGCGAGCGCGUUCGUCACUCUUCUGGCGGAUGGAGCGCGAGGGCUCCGUGCUGGCUCUCGAUGAUGCCACCAUCCAGUUCUCGCUCAUCACGUUCCCGUGUACCGUCGUGGGGACACCGGAGGAAUCUUCAGCCUUCCGGGUCAUCGGCGGCGACGACGGCGCGGUGCGCGUUGUACGCGUGAUGGCCAACAAUGACCUCACGGUGUUUCGGCAGCUCGACAGCAGUAGCGAGUGGGUGGUGGAGAAACUCGUGAGGCUGCCGGAGGCGACCCGCGGGCUGCCGGGGCGCGAGGAGACGUAUUUCCAGCGAUCAGCAAAGAUUGCUGCGAUGACUACAAAGCAUGUCCUCGUGACGCCGCAGGAGGAGACCUGGAUUUUCUCCGUCGACCUCGAGACGCUGGAGGUGGAUCGGGCGCAUGAGAGGAACCGGUAUGCCGGUGCAGCGUACCCAUUCGAGCUGCCAUGGCCACCGGCCCUGCGAGUUGACCAUCGCCGGCAUCGUAGCAGGAUGGAUUUAACGGUUUAAUUGCCAGCGUCAAAUUGUUGGCCCAGUCCCGACACCGAGUACUUCCAGCGACAGGCAACGACGACGACAGACAAAGCUCACUGACGAGCUCGACGAGUUGCUUUUACGCUGAGGCGCACCGUAGCAAAGCUAGCCUUCAGCUAGUAAUCAAUCCUUUGUCUUAUCUACUAGUACUAGUACGUAUGAGCACUUCUAGCCGGAAGCGUUCCAAUCGAUCUAGCUAUCUCACGUAACCAGCACAAUACAAAGAAUCGA